AUGAAGCCUCAAGAGGCAGAGCUUGUCACUGAAAUCUCCAAGUUACAAUGCAUGGUCUCGGAGCUGAAGACAGGUUUUUCCAGCGCUCUACUGGAGCUCAGUAAGAUCCAACAUGGAGACACGUACCUGAGGGAGGAGCUGGAGGAGAACAGGAGGAGCUGCCAGAAGAAAGCUCUCCGUCUGGAGGCCCUGGUGGAGUCACUGAAGGAAGAACUUGGAGUGAUGCAGUGUCAGAUCUUGCAGCUGUACAGUAACAGACAGAGACCUCUGCAGGAUGGAAAGAGCUCCACAUCUAAACAGAGAGAAAGCAGCGAUCCAGCAGAACCGGCCUGUGAACGGACUCCGUGUGACUGUUCGUCUGCUCCACCUGCCUGUCUGUCCAGAGGAAAACUGCUCCUCCACUGUUUCCUGCAGGGCCUCAAAGCAGGACUGAAUGAAGGCACAGAUGCACGACAUCAGGUGGCGAUGCAACUUCUGCAUUCUGAGUGGGAGUAUGUCUCCACCCUAAACCAGCUCUAUGAAAAAUACAAGACACCACCAGCUCACCAGAUGACUGUGGAGCCAUACCAGACAUAUCUGAAGUUUGUGGAGCAGCUGUUACAGCGACAUCUGCUCUUCAGAAACACCCUGCAGGAGCGAUUAUCCGCUGAACACUGGAAGUCUCUGGUUGGAGACAUCCUGGUGCAGCUCAUCGGCCAAAAUGAUACAGCCUUCUCAGAUAUGUACCUUGGAUAUACAACCACCCUGGCGUCAUUCCUCUCACUGGAGUUCAACAGGCUAAAUCAUUCUGAGAAAAGUCACAAAAUGCAGAACGGCCAGAUGGAGAGAGAGGAAAUGAAACUGCUCUCCCUGCUGUUGGCGCCUGUCUCUCGCAUACACAGCUACCUGAGCCACAUUCAGAACUUGCUGCAGUGGACGGGCAAGGAGCAUCCUGAUUGCAGCCUCCUGCUGGGAACUGAGCGAGCGCUGAGGAGCGUUUUGUCCCGCUGUCAUGUGACCCUGGAGCAAGAUGUCCGGUGGGAGGAAGGUGAAGGAGCUGGACAAAGCAGCUGCUGUGACGAAGUGGCUGCUGGAUCUUCUGCAAGCUGUUGCAGGAGGAGCCAACAGACCAGAGAGUCUCAGCAGGAGUCCAAUGCUGCAGCUCAGAGAGAUGACCAGCAGGCUGUCAGCCUCACCAACGGAGUUGACGGUUGUCACUCGAUGCGUCUGGAGUGCUGGUCCUGCAGCCCAGUGAGGAGAAAGGGCUGUGGAAGAGACCUGACCGUCCCAAAUCACCUGGCCCGUGACUGUGGACACACCUACUGCUCCCUCCUUACUCCCGACACCGCUGCAUGGGGAGAGAACAGCGACUCGGGCCAGGGCACCUUCAGCCAGCCCACUCAGAAAGGCACCAACGAGCUGGAGGCACCUCACACCAACCACAGCCUUGAGGACUGUGAGACAGACCCAGAUGACACCUCAGCCUUCGACUACUCCUCUGUCACCUCCUGCAGCCCUGACGGCACCCUGCGCAGGGACAUGAUGGGCAGCAACAGUGGGGAUGAUGAAGAGGAGGACAGCCAGGUGCCAGUGCUGUUAAAGCCUUCAUAUAGCCAGCAGCAGACCAGGGAGGCACCCAGAGAGAGGACUGUGUGUCUGAGGUGGCAGAUUCCCAGACUGACCCCUCACCCUCCUCUGAGAAAGACAGCAGGACAGUGUGUGGACGUGCCGGCGCCGUGCCUCGUCAGCUCCUACGGGAAGAGGAUAGUCAGCGUCAGGAAAGGGUCACCUCCUCUACAUCCAAAAAGUGCCUUCAGGCCCAUCUGGGAUGAUCCAUCUAAACAGGCUGAUUCAGCUCCAGAGAAAGACAACAGACAAGGCUUCAUACCGAUUCAAGCCCCAGCAAGGCAAAGCUUUCAGAAUUUCAACCCAAGCAGAGAAAAUCUGAGACCAGGCCUGCCUCAGCAGCGAGGUAAUCACGCAGCAGUCAUGGGCAGUGGAGGAUUGUGGGACGACAGUGAGGACAGCGAGGGCCCCUGCAGCACCGUUUGACCCCCAUGCUGUCCUCCCCGGAGAUAAGAGGACUAUCAUUAAAAACUGUAACACAGAAAACUUUGUUACGUUAUAAGCAAACGUGAGACCGAGUUGUGAUUUCUUUGAUGGAU